GGGACGAGAGCUGCUAUGUUUGUAUAUGGUAUGGUCGGGCUUGAGAACAUGGCAUUCUUAUCAAUGGCUGUCAGCUUGGUAACUUAUUUCUAUGGUUAUAUGAACUUCAGUUUGACCAAGUCAGCCACAACGCUCACAAACUUCAUGGGCACUGCAUUUCUAGGAUCACUGUUUGGAGGGUUUAUUUCCGACACAUACUUGUCAAGAUUUAAGACUUGCAUCCUAUUCGCAUCUUUUGAAGUAGUGGGUUAUGCACUCCUAGCAGUUCAAGCACACUUCCAACAGUUAAGACCCAUUCCCUGUAACCCUAGCCUAGUAAAUCAAUGUCAGUCGGCAGAAAGUGGUCAAGAGGCGAUACUGUUCACAGGUCUGUAUUUGGUUGCAUUUGGGACCAGUGGAGUUAAAGCCGCUCUGCCUUCCUUGGGAGCUGACCAAUUUGAUGAAAGGGACCCUAAAGAGGCGGAAUCACUUGCAAGCUUCUUCAACUGGUAUCUGUUCAGCGUCACAAUCGGGGCUAUAUUUGGCGUUACUUUUGUAGUCUGGAUCAGCUCCAACCUGGGUUGGGCUUGGGGGUUCAGUGUGUGCUCCAUAUCUGUUCUAGUAGCAGCUCUUUUUCUACUCAUGGGGAAAUCCAUGUACCGGAAUUAUGUACCUGAAGGAAGCCCAAUUCUUCGAAUUCUACAAGUAUUUGUGGUGGCCAUUAGAAACCGAAAUAUACCAAUACCGGAGAUGUCUGAGGAGUUGCAUGAACUUCAUGACAAAGAAGCUGGAGUAACGACUGAUAUUCUUCUCAGAACAAAUCAAUUCAGAUGUCUGGACAGGGCAGCAAUUAUUAGCACUGCACUUGAUUUAACCGACUUGCGACCAUCAGGGUCAUGGAAACUAUGUACAGUAACACAGGUUGAAGAAACAAAAAUUUUAAUCCGCAUGCUCCCUAUUAUUUUAAGCACUGUGUUCAUGAACACAUGUUUGGCUCAACUACAAACUUUCACCAUUCAGCAAAGUACAACCAUGGACAGGAACCUCCUUGGGUUUCAAGUUCCUGGUCCCUCCAUUCCAGUAAUCCCACUAGUGUUCAUGUUUUUACUAAUCCCAGUUUAUGAUCGUAUUUUGGUGCCACUCAUGAGAAGGUUCACUGGGAUACCAACAGGAAUCCGACACCUUCAAAGGAUUGGAGUAGGAUUAGUUCUCUCAGCCAUCUCGAUGGCAGUGGCUGGAGUCGUUGAAACUCACCGUAAAUCUGUGGCUAUUGACAAUAACAUGGUUGAUUCCCCAGGCCCUCUGCCUUUCACAGUUUUCUGGCUAGGUUUCCACUAUGCCAUUUUUGGAGUGGCUGAUAUGUUUACAUUGGUAGGGUUGCUAGAGUUUUUCUAUGAAGAGAGUUCAUCAGGCAUGAAGUCGCUUGGGACAGCUAUCUCAUGGUGUUCAUUGGCUUUCGGAUACUACUUGAGCUCAAUAGUGGUGGAGGUGGUGAAUAAAGUGAGUGGUGGGUGGUUAGCCAGUAACAAUUUGAAUAGAGACAAGUUAAAUUACUUUUAUUGGUUAUUAGCAGGACUAAGUAUGGUGAAUUUAGGGGUUUAUUUGAAGUGUGCCUCUUGGUAUAAAUAUAAAAAGGUGGGUAUGAAGCAGAUUGAUGCAGGCAGCAAUGAUGAUGGCACAAGUGAAGGAAAGAUUCAAAUAUCUAAUGAGUAGAUAAAAUUCACACGCUAGAGAUGUAUUUACAAGUGUAUGGAAACUCAUCUUCAUAAUACCUAUAAUUCUGUAUUAUUCUGUGUAUCACAAUGCAAAUAACAAGUAAAUUAUGAAGGGGGUGGAAUUUUGAUGCACAUAUAUGAAUUGAAAAUUUCUGUGUAUUAUUCCUUAUAUUCGUCU